CCAACUGCUCCAAAAGCAUGAAUGCGGCCUGGCCGCCGCCAUGGUUUGCCCCAAUCGGAGCGAAGUGGACGCCAACGACUCUCGCUGUCCCAUGUGCAGGCGCCGAUCUCUUCGCACGGCCGAGGAUGGGCCAGGAGCUUGCAGCGAGCGGGGGCAGGUGGCUGCGGCGAGCACAAGGUCACUCGUCCCACCUCACCCUUCUUCUUCGCGCGCGGCACCCCUCCCUCGCAUGCCGCGCGGCGUCCAGCGCUGCGCCGCUGGCGGUGGCGGUGCUCGGUGCUGCGGUGCUGGUGGCCGCGGCCAGUGCCGCGCUGCGGCCCAAGGCCGCCCCAUCGGCGGAGCCGCCGUCGGCGGCGGAGGCUGUGCGAGCGGCCGAAGUGGAGGCCCAGCGGCAAGCGGCGGAGGAGUUGCGAUCCAUGCUGCCUGAAGACUUGGAGGAAGCGCUGAAGGAUUUUGAGGGCGAUUUCUGUGGUCCCUGGCGCGCGCUGGGGUUGGAGGCAGACGUGGAGCUCGACGAGGAGGACCUCCGUGUGGCCUACCGCCGCGCGGUGCGCGUGGAGCAUCCGGACACCUCGCAGGCGCCGGACGCCGAGGAGCGCUUCCAGCGGGUGCGCAAGGCCUAUGCGCUGCUGAGCGAUGAAGGUACCAGAGAGCUGCUUCUGGAAGCGAUUGAGCAGCAGGCCAGCUGCUUCGCAGAGCUGAGUGGCUUAGACCUCGCAGAUGAGGAAGCAGGCCCGGCCUCCUCUUUGCCCUCCUGGCUCUUUUUACUGCCAGUCCUUUUGGCCCUUCUCUUGGCAUUCUUGCUGAAUGUCUCGGGCGAAGACAUGCAGAUGCGGCCGCGGCAGAAGGAGCCAGCAGUCCUCUCCUUGCAGUCCAACGACUAGAGUGUAUGGCCUUCUCUCAGUCCUCGACGCCAAGCACCUCCGCCGGACACGGAGAAGGGUCCCCGAUUGGAGCGACGGACGAGAAGGGCCGGGCCCACGGCGAGUGGAGAAAACACGAUGUCUUUCGGUUCGCCCAGGACACGUCAGCGGUGG